AUGGAGGACGCCGGGCGCGCCAUCAAGCGGGUUCGCGAGGAGCUCGCGAAGAAGGACAAAGCCAACGGCACGUCCGUUUCCGAGUCCCUGGACCUGGCCAACCUCGUCAAGAAGAUCGACCGCGGCUUCUUCGACGCCCCCGCCGACGUCCUCGGAUCGAUCAAGGCGUCGUGGGCCAAGGCUCACGCGGACGCGGCGGCCCACCCGCCCUCUUCGAGGGGCACCCGCCACACCAGAAACCCCGAGAGCGAUCUCGCGGACGCCAUGCUCCACGUGCAGCAAUGCUGGCUCGAGGAGGGACUGAAGGGGACAGUCCUCGACGAGUCCGACUUUGCCAUGCACGCCAGCAAGAUCAACUUCAUCGCCGUCAAGACCGCGCUGAACGCCGCGGGGAACUGGUCCCAGCGCAACGUCUGGGACGGCUUCCUCCCGCGGCUCAAGAGCAUCAAAGAAGACGUCGCGCUCAAGACCGAGGGGCCGUACAGGACCUACGCGCAGCUCAUACGCUCCCUCGAGACCAUCGUGACGGAUUGCAAGGCGGAGGUGCUCGACGCCAGGCGCGCCGGUCGGUCCGCGCCCGAUCCCGAAGAGAUGGACGAGGCCGCCGGGUUCGUCAAGGACCUCGAGCGGUGGCUGUGGGGUAAGUGGAGCGAGAACACGCUGCCCAAGUACGACGUGGACGGGCGCGGGGACGGGGACGUGGGAUCGCCAGGCGCGACCGGGGGGAGGAGGUCCAGGGGGGUCAAGCGGUACGCCGAAGAGGACAGCGACGGGUCGUUCGAUUCGGACUCCGACGACGGCGACGGGGACGAAAAGAGCGACGACGAGGAUGCCGGGCGCGAACGGCCGCGCAAGAACGAGCAGCCGGUGGUGAAGAAGAGACGGGGCAGGCCGCCCAAGAGCUCCUACGCGUCGCCCGGUACCGCCGCUCCCGCCAACCCGGGAGCGGCGGCGCCGCAAACCCCGACUCAAUCGCUGCCUCCCGGCGCGACUCAAUCGCCCACCGACACCGACGUCGUCGUCGUGAAAGUGGUGUGCCACGGGCUGCAGGCCACCGUCGAGCUCGUCCGCCCGAGGGUACCGCGUGAAAAGCCCUUAACGGGCGCCGACGACGCGGGCCGCGAGGGGGCGAUGAAGGCGACAAAGGCGCCGAGGAGCGAGUCGCCGCGACCGCCGACCGGGCCGCCGUGCGCCGCCCGCGUCCUCGCCGUCGCGGGGGUGGCGAUAAACGCGGACACCGACCUCACGCUCGCGUCCCCGGCGGCUUUCGAGGCGCACGCGCGGACCAUCGCCGGGGAGACCGCGGCGGCGGGCGGCGGUGGACGAUUCCAAAGUUUGGAUUCGACGUCACGCGGCGACGCGGUCCCCCCGCCUCGGACCAACUCGACGAGCGCCGCGGACGACGACGACGAUUCCAAGUUUCGCGAGUGCGCGCGGAUCAUCGAGCGCGAGGGCGUGGAUGUCCCGCUGGUGGAGUACGAGGCUAAGCUCGCCGCCGCGCCGUUCCCAGCGCCGGCGGCGUUGCCCAAGAGCCCCAAGGACUCCAAGUUAAUCGCCGGGGUUGUCGGAUACUCCGCGGAUCGGGGGAAGGACGCACGGGACCAGCUCGCGGCCGCGCGUAAGAGGGCGAGCGUGCCGGCGGGAACCAUCAGGGCCGCGGAGCUCCGCGCGAGGCUGAAGGACUUGCGCGGGAAGAUCGAAGACGUGCGCCGCGACGUCGCCGCGAGCGCGGAGGAUUGCGGCGGGUUCGGUGUCGUCGGGGCGGCGACGCGGCGGAGCAGCGCGGCGACGAACAGCACCGGGGGCGGCGGGAGCGAGUACGUGGGGUACAACGAGCGGGUGGACGAGGCGAUGGUGCUCGGGGGACGGUGGGCCAACGCGGUUGGAUGA